AUGCCAGGUACGGAUGCUAAUGGAAACGAUAUAGAAUAUUUUGAAUGUGGACCAGAUUACUCUGUCGAGUGUGACAUCAAUGUAUUAGCAGCUCGAUGUAACGUCAAUUCUAAUUGUCGUGGUUUCAAUACUAAUGGAUUUUUAAAAAGUUGUACAGCGGGAUGUGAUCAAGGUUGCUGCUACGAUGUUACACAAAAUGUUGAUUUAUACAUUAAAAAAGGAUAUCUUCCUCCCAAGGAUUGGAUUGAUGAUAUUAACGGAGCGCGAAUUUUGUUCGCUAAUCCUGAGCCUCAUUUUUGUUUUCUACCAGAAAUUGGUAAUGGUUACAUUGCAACCGUCGCAAUGUCAGCAUCGAUAUUUCAAAGUGGUCUUUUCACUGGAAAAUGUGGUAACAUAGGAAAAGCGCGUCUACCGUCCCCAAUUGGCGGAACGGUUACCAAUGCACCUCUUAUAGCGAGUGGUCUACAUUUUAAUAAAGGUACUUUUGCCAGAAGAUAUCAAAUCGACGCUGAUAAUGUGAUUGAACAACGCGUGUAUAUCAGUAGACCGCAUCGAAGUGUAAUGGUUCUAGAAUUUGAAUUAAAUCCAUCGUCAUCUGUUGUAUCACAUAGUCCGUCAAGUAAUGUCACAUUUGAUUAUUCCUGGACAUUUGAUCCUCUAAAUCAAACACAUAAUCCCGAAACAGCAUGUGUAGGUGGUGGUAAUGUCGAAAUUGAUGUUUUAUUUACAUUCAAUACAACAUUAUCAACGUCAACAUUACAUGUAUAUGAAGGUAUUGUUGACGGACAAGAUGACAGGGGAAGAACGGUUUAUGUCACAAUAUGCACCAAUCCUGUGCCAUCAUCAAUAACUUUGUCUUCAUCUACAAUAUUACAACAAUAUAUUGCUACUUUGGCAAGUUCGAUUGAUUUUGGACCAGAUCCCAUUUCACAAACAUCUGUGACAUUAGAAGCUAUUAAUCGAUUCGAGGAAGCAAACGCAUUUCGUCCAAAAUUAUUUACAUCAAACAUGGCAGCAUGGAAAAACCUAUGGAAAUCGGGGAUCGAUCUGUUUCCACACCAAUCAUUUCAGCCUCACAUUCAAGAAUUAGAUACAAACUUUGAUGGUACAAAGGAUACACAAAUUACUACGUUUUCCCGUAGUUUAGACAUAGCACAACAUAUUAACAGUUCGAUGUAUUUCCUUCUGACAAGUUCCAGAGAAGAUUGGCCAUAUGGUAUAUCUCCAGGUGGUUUGUCGAGCCAAUCUUAUUCUGGAGUCAUGUUUUUUGACAUGGACUGGUAUAUGAUGCCCGGAUUACUUCCAUUCUAUCCUGAAUUUGCCGAGAAUAUUCUAAGAUAUCGCUAUAACAGUUUAGCUGAAUCAAAUAAAAUCGCACGUGUAUUCAAUUAUUCUGGCGCGAUGUAUGCAUGGACAGCAUCGUAUUUUGGUCGUCCACAAGGAUGUUGCGAUGGACAUGGUGGCUGGGAAUUGUGUAUUGAGCAACAUGUGACUGCUGAUGUUUCUAUUGCUGUUCGUAUGUAUUACUAUGCAACACAAAAUAAAGAAUGGUUAGAAAACAUUGGUUGGCCAAUCUUAAGAGAUGUGGCAAUAUUUUACACUAGCCGUGUGACAAAAAAUGCUGAUGACACAUAUUCAAUAAAUGGUGUGAUGCCUGUUGAUGAAUGGUGUGAUAAUGAACAAUCUAAAUGUGGAGAUAUUGGUGUAAAUAACGCUGUGAUGACAAAUGCUGGUGCUGUUAUUUCAUUACAAUUUGCUACAGAGGUUGGAAAUAUGUUUAAUUUUGAUGUAGAUCCAUCAUGGAUUGAAAUUGCCAAUGGAAUUCGAAUUGGUUUUAAUUCUACAACACAAACACAUAUUCAGUGGGAUGGCGCAUUACCGCCUGAUCCGCAUCAUUACGUGUGUCCAGAAGAUGUUCUCUACUUAACUUAUCCAAUGAACUUCAAUAUAACACCUGAAAUUGUAAGAAAUGAUGCCGAAAAAUUUGUUCCUAUUACAUGUAAAGAAAAUGCUGGCAUGACUGCUCCUAUUCAUAAUAUUGUAUGGUUAAUGUUAAAUGAAUCAUUUAAAGCUGAAGGAGAAUUUAACCGAUCCCUACAAGCUUGUACCUAUGGAGAAUUUCACGUGCGAAAUGAGGUAGACAUUCAUUCGGAUAUUAUUGGUGGUCAUGGUUUUAAUUCACAUUUUUUGACGGGUGAUGGCGGAUUUUUGCAAGCCGUUAUAAAUGGCUAUGCUGGUUUGAGAUUUGAAGCAAAUCGUCUUGUUUUUAAUCCAUUACCUGGCGUGCUGACUGCUGAAACAAAUAGUAUACGUUUAAGAAAUAUUUUGCUUCAAGGGACCUAUCCAUUCCACUAUACUGUCGAUAGUUAUGGUAUAAAAUUUAGAAUUGAUGAUAUAUUUAUGGAGAAAUUAUGUGUGACUGAUUCAAAUCAGAAUAAAUGGACUAUUCCUACAGGAGAUGAACUAAAAUUAGAGUUUGAUAAGAUUUCAUUGCCGGUCAUAGUCCAAUUAUGUUAA